CUUAAACGAAGGCACCAACUCACUCUGUGGAGAGGGAAGAAAGAGAAGGCGCGGCCAUUAAUGCAGAGUCCCAAGUCUCAACUACCUAACCAACGCUAAGAUCAAGUAGAAGCGGGAAUCGAGUGGCGGUGAGGAGGCCGCAAUGUGGAACUCGGCCGAGAACGCGUUUGCCAGAUCGGCGUCGUUUAGAGAGGAAGGUGAAGAUGAGGAGGCGCUGCGUUGGGCGGCGCUGGAGCGGCUUCCGACGUAUAAGCGAGCGCGUAGGGGAAUCUUCAAGAAUCUCAUUGGCGACAUGAAAGAAAUUGAUGUCAGGGACCUACAGGCGCAGGAGCAGCGUCUUCUUGUGGAAAGACUCGUUGAGAUCGUUGAUAAUGACCACGAGAGGUUCUUUCGCCGCAUGAGAAGCCGAUUUGACGCAGUAGAUUUGGAGUUUCCAAAGAUCGAAGUUCGAUUUCAAAACCUGACCGUUGAGACUUUUGUACACGUCGGAAGCAGAGCCUUGCCUACCAUUCCCAAUUUCAUCUGCAAUAUGACUGAGGCUCUUCUAAGACAGUUGCGGAUAUACAGAAGAAAGAGAAGCAAGUUGACAAUUCUGGCAGAUAUCAGUGGGAUUAUUAGACCUUCAAGGCUAACGUUGCUAUUGGGUCCGCCUAGCUCUGGAAAAACAACGUUACUAUUAGCUCUUGCUGGUCGGCUAGGAGUUGGUUUGCAGAUGUCGGGGAACAUUACAUACAAUGGACAUGGUCUGAAAGAGUUUGUUCCUCAGAGAACAUCUGCUUAUGUCAGCCAACAAGAUUGGCAUGUGGCAGAGAUGACCGUGAGGGAAACUCUCCAGUUUGCUGGUCGCUGUCAAGGCGUUGGAUUUAAAUUUGACAUGUUGCUGGAGCUUGCCAGAAGAGAAAAGAAUGCUGGAAUAAAACCAGAUGAAGAUCUUGAUAUAUUCAUGAAGUCAUUAGCUCUCGGGGGACAGGAAACAAAUCUUGUGGUAGAGUACAUCAUGAAGAUAUUAGGUUUGGACAUUUGUGGUGAUACAUUGGUGGGAGAUGAAAUGCUCAAGGGCAUAUCAGGGGGGCAAAAGAAGCGACUUACAACAGGUGAAUUAUUAGUUGGUCCAGCAAGAGUGCUGUUCAUGGACGAGAUAUCAACUGGUCUUGAUAGUUCAACUACUUAUCAAAUUAUCAGAUAUCUUAAGCAUUCAACCCGUGCACUUGAUGCGACCACAAUUAUAUCUCUUCUUCAACCAGCUCCCGAGACCUAUGAAUUAUUUGAUGAUGUUAUUCUUUUGUGCGAGGGUCAGAUUGUAUAUCAGGGCCCCCGUGAAGCUGCUCUUGAUUUUUUCAAACAAAUGGGAUUCAGUUGUCCUGAGCGAAAAAAUGUAGCAGACUUCUUACAAGAAGUUACGUCUAGGAAGGACCAAGAGCAGUACUGGUCCGUUCUCGACCGCCCUUACCGAUACAUACCUGUUGGGAAGUUCGCCGAAGCAUUUUCCUUGUAUCGUGAGGGAAGGACUUUGUCUGAGGAACUGAAUAUACCUUUUGAUAGACGCUAUAAUCAUCCAGCCGCCCUGGCAACUAUUAGCUAUGGCGCGAGAAGACUUGAACUUCUCAAGACUAAUUUUGAGUGGCAGAAGCUUCUUAUGAAACGGAAUUCAUUUAUUUAUGUUUUUAAAUUUGUUCAGCUGCUUUUGGUUGCUUUAAUUACAAUGAGUGUUUUCUUCCGAACAACGAUGCACCACGAUACAAUUGACGACGGAGGCAUAUAUCUUGGAGCACUAUACUUUUCUAUGGUUAUUAUUCUUUUCAAUGGUUUUACUGAGGUGUCAAUGUUAGUUGCAAAGCUUCCAGUUCUUUACAAGCACAGAGACUUGCACUUCUAUCCUAGCUGGGCAUAUACAAUCCCUUCUUGGUUGCUUAGUGUCCCAACUUCCCUGAUGGAGGCUGGAUGCUGGGUGGCGGUCUCAUACUAUGCUAGUGGAUAUGAUCCUGCAAUUACUAGAUUUUUGCGGCAGUUCUUGCUUUUUUUCUUUCUGCAUCAGAUGUCUAUAGGUCUGUUUCGUUUGAUAGGAUCCUUGGGCCGGAAUAUGAUAGUGGCCAAUACCUUUGGAUCCUUUGCCAUGUUGGUUGUAAUGGCUCUUGGCGGAUAUAUAAUUUCAAGAGCAUCUGUAAAUGAGUUCCUUGGGCAUUCUUGGGAUAAGCAAGCUCCAAAUCAGACCGCCUUUCCAUUGGGAAAAGCAGUAUUAAAAGAGCGGAGUUUGUAUGCAGAAAGCUAUUGGUAUUGGAUAGGUCUGGGUGCAUUGGUUGGAUACACAAUUUUGUUCAACACUCUAUUUACAAUCUUCUUGGCUUAUCUUAAUCCCUUAGGAAGACAACAAGCUGUCGUUUCAAAGGAUGAGCUACAAGAAAGAGAAAAGAGAAGAAAAGGUGAAAGCGUUGUUAUUGAGCUGAGAGAGUACUUGCAGCGUUCGGCAUCAAGUGGAAAGCAUUGUAAGCAAAGAGGAAUGGUUCUCCCAUUUCAACCACUUUCCAUGGCGUUCAGCAAUAUCAAUUACUACGUGGAUGUCCCUUUGGAAUUGAAACAACAAGGGAUAUUAGAAGACAGGCUGCAGCUGCUUGUGAAUGUUACAGGAGCCUUUAGACCUGGUGUGUUGACAGCAUUGGUUGGAGUAAGUGGUGCUGGAAAAACGACGUUGAUGGAUGUGUUAGCUGGAAGAAAAACGGGUGGAGUCAUUGAAGGGAGUAUAUAUAUAUCCGGUUAUCCCAAAAGACAAGACACUUUUGCAAGAAUUUCUGGUUACUGUGAGCAGACUGAUGUUCAUUCCCCUGGUUUGACUGUCUGGGAAUCCUUACUGUUCUCUGCGUGGCUUCGAUUGUCUUCAGAUGUAGACUUGGAGACACAAAAGACCUUCGUUGAGGAGAUAAUGGAGCUUGUGGAGCUCACUCCGUUAAGGGGAGCACUGGUGGGUCUACCUGGAAUUGAUGGUCUGUCAACUGAACAACGAAAAAGGUUGACUAUAGCAGUGGAACUAGUUGCCAACCCAUCUAUAGUCUUCAUGGAUGAGCCCACUUCUGGAUUGGAUGCCCGGGCUGCAGCCAUUGUGAUGAGAACCGUGAGGAAUAUAGUAAAUACUGGGCGAACAAUUGUGUGCACGAUCCAUCAACCUAGCAUUGACAUAUUUGAAUCCUUUGAUGAGCUUAUGUUUAUGAAAAGAGGAGGGGAGCUCAUUUAUGCUGGUCCACUUGGCCCUAAAUCUAGUGAACUAAUCAGUUAUUUCGAGGCAAUCGAAGGAGUUCCGAAGAUCAGGUCUGGAUAUAAUCCUGCUACAUGGAUGCUGGAGGUUACUUCUUCAGCUGAAGAAAACCGUCUGGAAGUGGACUUCGCUGAGAUCUACCGAAGAUCAAGUUUAUAUCAAUAUAACAAAGAGUUGGUUGAAACCUUGAGCAAGCCAAGUAGUAAUUCAAAAGAAUUGCAUUUUCCAACCAAGUAUUGUCGAUCAUCUUUUGAGCAGUUCCUUACUUGUCUAUGGAAGCAAAAUCUUUCUUACUGGCGUAAUCCUCAAUACACUGCUGUUCGCUUUUUCUACACUGUCAUCAUCUCAUUGAUGCUUGGGACGAUAUGCUGGAAAUUUGGUGCUAAAAGGGAGACGCAGCAAGAUCUAUUCAAUGCCAUGGGAUCCAUGUAUUCGGCAAUUCUCUUCAUUGGUAUAACAAAUGGCACAGCUGUUCAGCCUGUUGUUUCUGUGGAAAGAUUUGUUUCGUAUAGAGAAAGAGCUGCAGGGAUGUAUUCGGCUUUAUCAUUUGCAUUUGCUCAGGUUGUGAUUGAGUUCCCUUAUGUGUUCGCACAGGCUAUUAUAUACUCUACAAUAUUUUAUUCCAUGGGUUCCUUUGUCUGGACUGUUGAUAGGUUCAUUUGGUACUUAUUCUUCAUGUAUUUUACUAUGUUAUAUUUUACCUUCUAUGGAAUGAUGACAACUGCCGUCACCCCAAAUCAUAAUGUUGCUGCCAUCAUUGCUGCUCCAUUUUAUAUGUUGUGGAACCUUUUCAGUGGUUUUAUGAUUCCUCACAAGAGAAUCCCAAUUUGGUGGAGAUGGUAUUACUGGGCAAACCCCGUAGCCUGGAGUCUGUAUGGUCUCCUGACUUCACAGUAUGGUGAUGAUAAUCAGUUGGUUAAGCUAUCUGAUGGAAACUUGAUGACUAUAAAACAAUUACUCAAAGACGCGUUUGGGUACCGGCAUGAUUUCUUAUGCGUUACUGCUACUAUGGUAGCAGGCUUCUGCAUAUUUUUUGCUAUUAUCUUUGCCUUUGCGAUUAAAUCCUUCAAUUUCCAAAGGAGAUGA